AUUGAGCAUUUAGAAAUUGAGUAGCAAAAUGAGUUCAUUUUAUGUAUUAUGUGUCUUCAGCUUAAUAAUCAUUAUAGGCACUCACGUUGUACGAGCACAAGAUUCUCCAGCAGACUAUCUAAGAGGACACAACGCAGCAAGAUUGGCGAUUACCAAAGUGAAAAUUCCAAAUCUUGUUUGGGACAACAAGGUUGCUGCUUUUGCAAAUAACUAUGCUAAUCAACGGAAGGAUUGUCAGUUGGUCCACUCCGGUUCUGACCGUUACGGAGAAAAUAUCGCGAUGAGCGGCGGUGAGAUGUUUGGCACAGAUGCUGUGACGAUGUGGGUUGGUGAGAAACCCUACUAUGAUUAUAAUAGUAAUUCAUGUGCUGCUGGUCAAAUGUGUGGCCAUUAUACACAAGUUGUUUGGAAAAACACAGUGAGAAUUGGAUGUGCUAAAGUGAAAUGUGAAAAUGGAGGAACUUUCAUUACUUGCAAUUAUGAUCCUCCUGGCAACUAUAUUGGUGAGAGGCCAUACUGAGUGAUUCAUUCUUUUCUAUAAUGAUUUGUUUGAACUUAGAUGUAACAACUCUAUCGUAUGAAAAACCCAGAAUAAAUAAAUGUAGUUUGUAGGAUUUUUAUAAUUUACAAUGAGGGUUUU